UCAACUUUACGGGAGGCAAGUGACGUUACCGGUAUCGGAGAAUUUAGCAGUGAACGACAAGCACAAACAGCUAGGGAACAAAGAUAGAUCCCAACCAUCUUCUGCUAACGAUGAACGUAACCAUGUUAAGCCUCAUCCUAUAUUACUUCAUCAAAAGGCGCCAAAACUGCGCUUUGUAUCUUCUGUAGAGUAUAGAAACUCAUCAGGGGAGACUAUCAUGAGCCAACUGAGCCCGAACAGUCCGAACGAAGACAGUUCAGGAGAAUCCCGUCUAGACAGGCCUCGAUUGCAACGAUCCAUGGGCCAAAGCAAGAAGACCUUCCGAUUGAGAAAGAGUCGAAGAUCUCACGUUGAGUCUCAGAUGAAACAAGAACAACAGGAUAUGCCAAUAAAUCAAGGUACAGUUCAGACACCACCACCAGUGCCAGCAAUGGAACCUUCGGUCUUCAGCAUUCCUUCUGAUUCUUCCUCGAUUCGUUCAAGACGCAGUUUGUCUACUCGGCAAUCAGAUGGUGAUAGAGGAAAUAAUUUAGAUCAACAACAAUUUCAUGCCUUACAACUUCAGCACCAUCACUAUCAUCACCAUCAUCAUCUUCACCCCCAAGUGUCGGACGUUUCUUGGGAUGAAGAUACUUCGAGCACAUCAGGUUAUCGCGAGUCCUAUAGUAUGCAUCUAGAAAGCGUUAACAAUGCUCAUUCUCAACCACCUCUGGCAUCACCUGAUUUAAACGACAUGCCUUCAACCAGUAGCACUACUACCAAUUACAUGGCUUUUGAUGGUAGUUCUCCUGAUAGUUUAAUGAACGGCAGUGGUGGGGAGAAAACUAUGUCUCAACAUUCUCUUCUUAUGGUUUUCCCAAAUCAAGAUGAAGAUACUUUAAUAUAAAUAAUUAAUGUUGUUUUCUUUAGCCCCGUGGUAAUCUUACAAAUUAUUUCUCGUUCUUGUUGGUAGUAUUCACUACAAUAAUAAGAUAGCGACGAACGAGACUGACGACGUACACAAUACGACUAAACACAUACAUACACACACACACACAUAUAAUAUUUGGUUAUUCGAGUUUAUUAGAAAUGAAAAUAUUUUGAGUGAAUGAUGUGCAUUAGGUGCUAAUAUAAAAUAAAUGAAUAUAUGUCAAUUAUUAACUCGGUAUGGAAUAACGUUAAUACCCGAGUUGAUAACGUAUUAUAUAUUUAUUCAUUACAAUAUAAAGAUUACAAAGAUUAAAAAAAAAAAA